CAACAUGGUUGACGAAAUGUCAAAUUUCUGUCAUUUAUUAUUAAAUUAUUUAAAACUCCUUCCGUAAUUUAUAUAUAAUAACAAAAAAAAACAUAAUUCAAGUAAAAAUGAACAUAAUGUGAUAAAAGAAUUCUAAAAAUAUUUCUCAUAUCAAAAUUAGUGAAUAAUGUCUUCAGAUAAGGUUUUGCAUCGUUUGGACCAGCCACAUGGAUCAGGAAGUGUUUUUAUUGCCUGGCGUCCUGGUAGUAGUACACAUUUGGCAACAACUGGAUGUGAUUCAACAGUUGCAAUUUUUGACAGACAAGGAGAAAUACAAGAUCGUUUUAAAUUAAGUGGUUUAUGCACUGGAUUUGGAUGGGAUGCCGAUGGUGAUGUUCUUGCUGUUAUAUCAAAUAAUUCAUCAUCAAUAAUGAUAUGGGACGCGACUACUGGCAAAAAAUCAACAAUAGACGCUGGAGUUCGUGAUAUUUUAACAUGUAUGACAUGGUCAAAAAGAAAUUCUCUACUUGCAGUUGGAACACAAAAAGGAAAUCUCGCUAUUUACGAUCACACAAAUUCAAAACGAAUUCCCAUUUUGGGAAAGCACAGAAGACGUAUUUUAGAUGGUGCUUGGUCCUUUGAAGGACUUCUUGCUCUAGUUGGAGACGAUAGAAUUUUAUCAAUAAGUACAAGCGAGGGUGACACGCGAAAAGAAAUUCCAUUACAAGGCGAUCCUUCAAAUGUUCAAUUCAGUGAAAUGAAAACCGAUCAUCGAGUGGGAGGCGAAAAUACAGUAUCGUUGGUAAUCAAUAAAAUGACUCUCUUUUUGUUUAACAUCCUCGAUACUGACAAUCCACUUGAAUUAUCGUUUCAAAAACGUUAUGGUCGAAUUGUUUCUUACGUUUGGUAUGGAGAUGGUUAUAUUUUAGCUGGAUUCGAGGCGGGAUAUAUUGUUGGUAUAUCAACUCAUAUAAAAGAGGCUGGUCAAGAAUUGUUUCAAGUAAAAAAUCAUAGAGAUUGUUUAAAUGGUUUGGCACUUAGCGAUAUAACGGGAAAAAUUACAACUUGUGGUGAUAAUUCAAUAAAAAUUCAUAGUCUACAAAGUUUAGAGGAAACAGAAAAAGUAAUCACAGUUAGUGGUGAAACAGGAGUUAAUACUGUAGAAUGGUCAGCUGAUGGAUCAAUGAUAGCGGCUGUUACACACAGUGGCAAUGUUUUUAUUUAUCUAACUGAAAUACCAAAAUUAAGAAGUGUUUGCGGCAAUAAAAUUGCCAUGCUAACGAGUUUAACAGAAGUGACUGUUCACUCUUACACAUUAGAUAAGAUUAAACCACAACCGCAAGUAAUUAAUACUAUAAUCGAGCCCUCAGUGAUAGCAAUUGGACCACUUCAUUUAGCAGUGGCUUUAAAUAAUAGAGCUCUAUUUUGGGAUUUAUCAACAACACAAUAUAGUUCUUCUGUACAUUUCGAGAGAGAUUAUUUAUCAACCGUUGAUAGUAUUUGUUUAAAUGAAACCUAUGCCUCUAUUCUUUUUGAUGGAAAAUUACAAUUACACGCAGUAAAAAUAGAUCAAGCUUUGAUAAAUGCUAGAAAAGAUACAAAAAUGUUACCGGAUCAAAUGAUGAACAGCACUAAAGUGACAUGUCAUGCACUGUCUUCAGAUUUUUUGAUUUAUGGAGAUGACAUGGGACGAAUUGUUUAUUUUAGUUUAGAGGCAUUUCAUCAAUCAUUGGAAACAUCACACGUCAAUGGAAUCAAGCAAAUUUUUAUGGACGCAAAUGGAACUCAAAUUUGUUUCAUAGAUGACAAAUCUGAUGUUUAUGUUUACGACCCAGUGAAUGAAAUAAUUAGUCCAGUGCCCGAUUGCCUUGAUUCAGUGGAGGGAAUAAUAUGGGAUCAAAAUUUAUUUGAGCGGAAUAUAUUUGCUGUCUAUAAUAAAAAUACUAUCGUGACUUACGUUUACGUAAAAUAUCAUAUUGAUGGUGCAAAAGUCGUUAAAGCGGGAAAAACGAAAUUACCGUCAGAAACUAUACCAAUGUUGAUGUAUUCUGGAGAAGUGACUUUAAAUACAACUGUUGGAAAAUUGAUACAAAUUACAUUAUCUACACACGAAAUAAUUGGAAACGUUGUGGAUAAUAAGAGAGUUACAGAAUUAUAUCAAAAUCAAUUACUUUGCAGAAGAUUUCAAGAAGCAUGGGAAGCCUGUGAAAUAUUAAACGACAAGGAUUGUUGGUUGAAAUUAGGACAAACGGCUUUGGAAAAUCUAAAUAUUGAUUUUGCCUUACAAGUUUAUCGGCAUAUUGAAGAUGUUUCAAUGGUAUGGGCAUUGGAGAAAUUAGAAAAUAUUGACGAAUUGUCAUUAUUAUCGGGACACAUUUGCACAUUACUAAACGAUUAUGAUAAAGCGGAAAAAUUCUUUUUGCGUUCUUCGCAACCAGUCGAAGCAUUAUAUUUGCGACGCGAUUUAAUGAUGUGGGUUCAGGCAUUAAAUUUGGCUCAAACUUUAAAGCCUGAGGAAAUACCAUUUAUUUCAAGAGAAUAUGCCCAGCAGCUUGAAUUCACAGGAAACUAUCCUAAAGCUUUAGUGAGUUAUGAAAGGGGAAUAAUUGAUUUAUCACCAAAAUUAUUAUCACAGCAUCCAAAUCAACGAGCUCAAUGUCUUGCUGGAAUAGCAAGAAUGUCAAUAAGAUGUGGAGAUAGUAGAAAAGGUGUCAAUAUUGCCAUGGACAAUGAUAGUUCAAGAUCUUUACGAAAAGAAUGUGCAGAAAUUUUGGAAGCUAUGAAGCAAUUUAAUGAAGCAGCUAUGCUAUAUGAAAAAGCUGAAUAUUUCGAUAAAGCAGCGUCAGCUUAUAUUAAAUUAAAAAAUUGGAUUAAAGUUGGCCAACUUCUUCCUCAAAUUUCAUCACCAAAAAUUAAUAUUCAAUAUGCUAAAGCAAAAGAGGCUGAAGGAAAAUAUGAAGAAGCAUCGAGAGCCUACGAAACAGCCAAGGAUUUUGAUAAUAUAAUAAGAAUAAAUUUAGAACACUUAAAUAAUCCAGGACGCAGUGUGGAAAUAGUUCAACAAACAAAAAGUAUUGAAGGUGCAAAAAUGGUUGCAAGAUAUUUUCAAAAAUUAAAUGAUUACAAUUCGGCUAUUAAAUUUUUAAUUUUAUCAAAUUGUCAUGAGGAGGCAUUUCAACUUGCUAAUCAACAUGGUAAAAUGGAAUUGUAUGGAGAAAUUUUAGUUGACACACUCGAUGAAGAUAAUGUUAGAAAAGAAGAUUUUAAAAGUCUAGCAAUUCAUUUUGAAGCGCAAAAAAAUAAUAUUCUAGCUGGAAAAUAUUAUUUUCACGCAAAAGAAUAUCAGAAAGCUUUAAAACAUUUACUGAAAGCUGUUCAAUUGGCUACAGACGAUGAUUUAGCUCUUACAUUAGCCAUCGAUACAGUAGCUUCAUCGAAAGAUGACAAAUUAGCAAAUCAAUUAAUUGAUUUCUUAUUAGGCGGUGAUGGAUUACCAAAGGAUCCCAAAUAUUUGUUUCGUUUGUACAUGGCACGAAAACAAUAUCGAGAAGCUGCAAAAACCGCUGUUAUUAUUGCCAACGAAGAACAAAUUAAUGGAAAUUAUAAAAACGCCCAUGACGUUUUAUUUGGAAUGUAUCAAGAAUUAAAGAGAAAUAAUAUUUCUGUUCCUCUGGAGAUGCAAAACAAUAUGAGAUUAUUGCACUCAUAUAUUUUGGUACGUUUACACGUGAAAAGAAGCGAUCAUAUACGAGGUGCAAGAAUGCUGAUAAGAGUUGCUAAUAAUAUUUCUAAAUUUCCAUCUCAUAUCGUACCAAUUUUGACGUCGACUGUUAUUGAAUGUCACAGAGCUGGUUUUAGAAACGCUGCAUUUAAUUAUGCAGCUAUGUUAAUGCGUCCAGAAUACAGAUCGCAAAUUGACGUCAAAUAUAGUAAGAAAAUUGAGGCAAUUGUGCGAAAACCACCAAGAGGAAAUGAAUAUGAAUCUGAAGAUGAACCCCUGACACCUUGUCCCUAUUGUAAAAAUAAACUUCCUGAAACUGAAGUUACUUGCGAUAAAUGCAAAAAUACUAUUCCAUUUUGUAUUGCAACGGGACGACAUAUUAUAGAAGGAGAUUUUACUGUUUGUCCACAAUGUGACUUGCCAGCUAUAAGAAGUGAAUUCAUGAGAAUUAUUGAUACAGAAGAAAUUUGUCCAAUGUGUUCCGAACGUGUGGAUCCAAAAUUAAUUCCUUUUAAUAUCGACAUUCAAUCGUAUCUUUAUCUUCAAAAUAAAGACGAUAAGUCAGCACCAUGAA